UUUGUGACAUUAGAUACAGGGGCCUAAAAGAUGAAGCAAUUUAUUUUGACAACCAUCAUAUUUUUCUUUUAAUUAUGGAUAUAGCUGAAAAUGUUAAAGCGAUAUUUAUACCUGUUUAAGUUUCAGAUACAUUUCGUGCUUGCAAAUGUACUUUAAUGAUGUAGUGCCAGUUCUCAACAAAUGUCAUUUCAGGGUACUUUACACAGACAGAACAAGUUGAUUUCAAGUCCAGUCAUUUCAACCCAAUACAGUCCCAAUCAGCUGAUCGCUUCAUCCUCCGGUGAGCUGAACAGCUGCUCGGUAUGACCACGGAUGGAGGUUUAGCGGAAAACAGUGAGGUCUGGUCGCCAAACAGACUGGAGGCUUUAAUUGGAGAUUAAUUAUGCCUUAUCUCUGAGAAUGGGAGGGAGUGCAUCCAAAGCCAAAGGUGUUUGGCCUUUCUCGGGCAGCGGAGGAGAUUCAGGUAAUGAGGGGAAAGAGCAGUCUCUGGCCCGGCUGAAGGGCUCCAGGACCACACCGUUCGUCUUCACCAGGAGGAGUUCGUUGUACUACGAUGAAGAUGGUGACCUUGCCCACGAAUUCUACGAGGAGACAGUGGUGACAAAAAAUGGCAGAAAAAAGGCCAAGUUGAAGAGGAUACAGAAGAAUCUGAUUCCACAAGGAACUGUGAAGCUUGACCACCCGUGUAUUCACGUAGAUUUUCCCAUUGUUCUCUGUGAAGUGUGAGGAGUUGCACAAGACUAUGUGCAGCCACAGGCGCUUCUCAGGGCAAGGUCUUACUCCAGUCGGAGGCAUUGUUCUCAAGACUGGAAAUGGCCCUGGAGGGAAAAGAGAACUCCACAUCGUUAAAACGCUAUAUUGACUGGAAUCUUGCACAUUUGAGUUUAACUCUUGUCAGGAGUGCACUGUUCUCCAAUGCCUAUUUCAUCUUUCACAAAGGUAGUGAUGGUACAGGUCAUUUACUUCCACUACCCGGCUCAUUGUAAGCAGUCUUUGAGAAUACAUAGCGUUUCUUAUGUGAGGUUUUAUUUUUUUGCAGGGGAAAUUAUUGAUGUGAACAGGCUUAAAUGCUUUAUGGCCUCUGUGAGAUGUAGAGUGAUAGAUGUAUGUUUCUUUGUACGUGUAGAUGUGGUUGUUUUGUUUGGAUGAAUGUGUGAAAGAGGGAUGUAAGACUACACUGUUACAGGGUAGUAAUAAUGGUGGAUUGUGACAUUUAAUGUACGUGGUCACGUUCUAUAUUGUCAUGUCUGAGUCUGUUUCAGUUAUUGAAGCUCAGACCUGCACUAGUGAAUAUAAUGCACUGUAAAUAACUUCAGAUUUCAUAGUUGGAAAUACUUGAAUAAAUGGUUUACUGA